AGUGUUCGUUUUUCCCAGGAUAGUCUUUACUGUCAGUGUUUCUCAUCCAAAUGUCCUGCUCUCGUUAUCUGCAGAUUUUUAUUAUUAUAAUGUUUCCUGAAGCACCAGCUGAUACCAAAAAAUGUUUUUCUUGAACAUAAUCAGCUCAGAAACCAGGUUGUUUCCAGGAGAAGUUUCCUGCUUCCUCUAGGACCCUGAAGACAAACGGCCGGGUCUCUUUUUAAGGCUGUCUGUUUGCCCUGACCUCUAAAAGAGGUCAAAGACUCAUCAUGUCUUCUUCUUCUCUUCCCUUCAGCAGCUUCUGUUGGAGCUCAUCUUCUCCAUCCAUCUCUAACUCAAGACUUCAGUGUGUCAGAGAGAGGCUGCAAAGGAGGAGAAGCAGAAAGGAGGACUGUUUAUGUUUGGAGGAUUCACCAACAGACUGUGGGGUGAAGGAGGAAGAGUCCGCAGAGGAGGACGAGGGGACAUGUCAUCACGCCUGGACCCCAACUGAUCACAAGCUGAGGCAAAAAAAAGAGGGGGAAGACCCCCGGAGAGGACGAGGAGGAAGUGGGACUGUGGACGGAGGAGGGAUUUUAAAGAGAGAGUGGAGAUCCGGACCGGCCGUGGGGAGGUGUGUGUGUUUGUGCGUGAAGGUGUGUGGCUGCGGAACCAGUGGAGGGCAGAGGAGUGGAGGGCCAGGGGACUAACCUGGCCAUCAAGCGGACUGGGAGCCUCUCCUCUCCUGGGAUCAUGUACCCUCAGGGAAGGCAUCCGGUCCCCCUGCAGCCCGGCCAGUCGUUCAAGUUCACAGUCCUGGAAACGCUGGACCGCAUUAAGGAGGAGUUCCAGUUCCUCCAGGCUCAGUAUCACAGCCUGAAGCUGGAGUGUGAGAAGCUGGCCAGCGAGAAGACGGAGAUGCAGCGGCACUACAUCAUGUACUACGAGAUGUCCUACGGGCUCAACAUCGAGAUGCACAAGCAGGCAGAGAUUGUGAAACGUCUCAGCGCCAUCUGUGCUCAGAUCAUCCCCUUCCUCUCUCAGGAGCACCAGCAGCAGGUGGUCCAAGCCGUGGAGAGGGCCAAGCAGGUCACCAUGGCGGAACUCAACGCCAUCAUCGGGCAGCAGCAGCUCCAGCACCUGUCUCACCACGCCCCUGGCAUCCCUCUGACGCCGCAUCCAUCAGGGCUGUCGCUGGGGGCGGGGAGCUCGGGGCUCCUGGCCCUGACCGGCGCCUUGGGGGUCUCGGCUCAUCUGGCCUCCAAAGACGAACGCAACCACAUCGACCCCGAACUUCUCCGAGAAGGAGCGCCCAGCAGGAGUAAGUCAGUUUCAUCAACAGACAGCCAGCCCACGGAGGAGCGUCAGGGUCCGUCAGCCGGAUUCUCCUCCUCUCAAGGUGGAGCCGAGGCCAAGAGGAGGCGCUGUGAGGACAAGGACGUCCUGCCUCCUCACGCCUACGACAGCGACGGCGACAAAAGUGAAGACAAUCUCGUGGUGGACGUCUCCAACGAGGAGCCAAAUUCUCCUGCUGGAAGUCCUCCUCACUCACCUCACGGGAAUGGUUUGGACCGGGCCCCCACCCUGAGGAAGGAGCCCCCGGGCUCCUCCAGCACGGGGGAGGCUCCCUCCACCCCGAACCCCCGGAGUCCCACCCCAGGGAAGGCCAAGGAGUCUGCACAGAUGGACAAGUCGCAGUCUCCGCUGUCUAAAUCCGGCACGCCGUCCCCGUCCCACCGUGAAGCCGUCACCCCGGGGGCCCCCGGUCCCAGCACCUCCUGCCUUCGCUUGGUCAGCAAAGCAGCGAGCAGCGCCGACCCCCUGGCUCUCCGCAGCCCCAUGUCUGUGCCCCCCGGUUCAUACCCGGCUCAUUUUGGCGUGGUGUCCCAUGCAGGACUGAACGGGGAGCUGGCCAGCCCCGGAGGAUUCGGGGGGGCCCUGACCCUCUCGCCCCAAAUCAGCGCCGCAGCCGGGGCGUACUCCCGCAGCCCGAUGGUGGCGUAUGACACCAGAUCCCACCUGAGGGCUCCAGGGCUGUCCUCCUCUCUUCCCGGAUCCUCUGGUGGCAAACCCGCCUACUCGUUCCACGUCAGCGCUGACGGGCAGAUGCAGCCGGUGCCGUUCCCCCCCGACGCCCUGCUGGGGCCGGGCAUCCCGCGCCACGCCCGUCAGAUCCACACGCUGAACCACGGCGAGGUGGUGUGCGCCGUCACCAUCAGCACCUCCACCCGCCACGUCUACACUGGAGGCAAGGGCUGCGUCAAAGUGUGGGACAUCAGCCAGCCGGGGAGCAAGAGCCCCAUGGCCCAGCUGGACUGCCUGAACAGAGAUAACUACAUCCGCUCCUGUAAAAUCCUUCCGGACGGGCGGACCCUGAUCGUGGGCGGGGAGGCCAGCACUCUGUCUAUCUGGGAUUUGGCCACGCCCACCCCACGCAUCAAGGCGGAGCUGACGUCGUCCGCCCCCGCCUGCUACGCUCUGGCCAUCUCCCCCGACAACAAGGUGUGCUUCUCCUGCUGCAGCGACGGCAACAUCGUGGUCUGGGACCUGCACAACCAGACGCUGGUCAGGCAGUUCCAGGGCCACACCGACGGGGCGAGCUGCAUCGACAUCUCCAACGACGGAACCAAGCUCUGGACGGGAGGCCUGGACAACACGGUCCGCUGCUGGGACCUGCGGGAGGGCCGGCAGCUGCAGCAGCACGACUUCACCUCACAGAUCUUCUCUCUGGGUUACUGUCCGACCGGCGAGUGGCUGGCCGUUGGGAUGGAGAGCAGCAACGUGGAAGUCCUGCACGUCUCCAAACCCGACAAGUACCAGCUGCACCUCCACGAGAGCUGCGUCCUCUCCCUCAAGUUUGCCUUCUGCGGAAAAUGGUUCGUGAGCACAGGAAAAGACAAUCUGCUAAACGCAUGGAGGACGCCAUACGGAGCCAGCAUAUUCCAGUCCAAGGAGUCCUCGUCUGUGCUGAGCUGCGACGUCUCCCCGGACGACAAGUACAUCGUGACUGGAUCCGGGGACAAGAAGGCCACCGUGUACGAGGUGGUGUACUGAGCCCGGAGGACCGCCUCUUUUUGUUGUUUUUUUAAAGUUUUGUGGGAGGGGCCACUUUUCUGAUCCUCAUUAUAGCAGCACAUCAGCAACAUCAGCACCACUGAGUCCCUCAUUCUGCAUUGGUAGUACCCCCUCCCCCCAUUUCCUGUCCUCCUCCACCUCUCUAAGUGAAGAGUGAGGCAUCAAACAGGAACAGGAAGCAGCGCGAUAAGAAGGACAAAGGCGGCGAGCGAAGAUAAAAUUAUGAAGGGAAGGAGGAGUAAUUAGGGCCGUUUCCUGAUUCCCCCCUGGAGGAGGUGCGGAGCAGCACCGUGGGACCGCCAGCACUGAUACCACGCCGCCGAUUCAUUAGCCAGACAGUGGAGGCCUUAAUGAGGCCGGCGCCGCGGCUCCAUCUCCCCGGUGAGAGGUGUCAGGAGCCGGGGGAGCCGUGGCGCCCCGAGAUCGCUCAGACUUCCACAAACACUGACGCCAAUCCCCCCCCCCCUCACGCAAACCGUACGUCAGCGGGCGCACCGUCUGCUUCACCUCCUCCAGGUACGGAGGGGGGGGCACGGUGCUGCUAAUUAGACACUCAGCGCGGCGCUCGCUCGGCGUCUCGCCGCCUAAUAUGUUUUAUUUCCUCCUGACAAAGCCGGCGUCUAAUGAGCAGCAGUCGACGGGAUUCUCCGCGGGCUCAGAGGUGUAAACGCAGAACAUCAGCGGAGCUGUUCCUUCUAAUUCGUGAUCGUUCUCCGUCACACGACCGGCGGCGGCACAGCUGACGAGACGGCAAAUUAACACCGUUCAAUUAGGCUUCAAUCAGCAGCUAAAUACGCAACAAGUAUCUGCAAAUGUUUUCACUUCCAUCUCUUCUCAACUUCUACUUUUAACUCUGAGGAGAAAACAUUUUUUAGGGGUACAACGAUUAAUCACCGAUUCUAAUAUUUUAAAAGGAAAUAAAUCAAACGUGGAAGAUGCCAUUUGGAUUGAGACUUGGUAGAAUAAAAUAGUCCCAUCACAGCAAACAGGAGUCUGCAACCUUCAACCCUUAAAGAGCCGUUUGGGUCGAUUUCUCACAGACCAGAACCCAGUAGGAGCCACAAGUCCUUCACAAAAAUAAGACACUAGUUUUAAUAAUGUUGUUUUUAUGAGGAAUAUAAAUAAACUAUUUCUUUUUUGGAUAAAUAAAACAAACUUUAAGAGAAUAUAUAUAUAUUUUUCCCAAAUAUGAAACGGCUUUUAAAAGAGGUUCUCGAGAUUUCCUUUCAAAAUAAAAGACUUCCUGUGUCACACAGAAUCAUCUCAAUGAAGCAAAUCUUGUGGUUUAAUGUCAACAAUGAAAAAAAGAAACAUUUUAUUUUGAAACUAUUCUUAACCAGAAAUUCAUGAAUCUAACUAUCAAAAAUUAACUAAAAAAGGAUUUUUUUUAACUCUGAGGGACACUGGAGUUUGUCAAAAUGGUUAGUUCUCGAUUAUUGAACCACUACAGCUAGUGUGCUUUGGAGGCUCGCAGAGAUUUUAAUUUACAUUUACAAUUACUUUUUCAAACUAAAAGCUUUAUAUUUGUCUUUAACCAGAGAGCCAGAUGUGGCUCUGGAGGUUGCAGAUCCUGUUCUAGAUCAAUUCUAGGUCAGUGAAUCAGAUCAUUCAGAAUGUACUAGAAUAGACCAGGAAUCGGAUCCUCAACCACUAAUUAUGAUGUGAAUCAAAUCCUUAAAAUGAAUCCCUAAAGUUUUACAUUCUUUCGUAAAAUACGUUUUUCCCCCCAAGGAAAUUAUUGAAUUUAAAUUGUUCAUUUUAAGCAAUCAAGAACAAUUCACGUGUAAAACAAUCAAUGGAGGUCAACUGCAAAGACUCAAAAACUCAGGAACAUAUGUAGAAAAGUAAUCUGAGAUUUACGUACCAAAAGAAAAAAAAAAUAUUACGAGGAUUGGUGCUUUCAGCAGGAUUUGAACGCUGCUGUGCAGAUCCUCGCCCAAUCAGAUGCUCCGGACAUUUGAGGAAAAUCUGCAAAGACGGCAGAAGGAAAGAAAGGCAGAAGACCUCUCACUCCGAUGGAAAAUUUAGCUAAGAAUAAAACAGAAAACACAAUCUAAAAGUAAAAAUAUAUAUAAAAACAACCACUGCAACUGUUUAGACGAAAAGGUCAAACCAUGAAGCCAAAUCUGAUCAUUUGUCCUAGAUUUAGAUUUCUCUGUCUUUAACCGACGGACUGUUUAUUUUCUGGUUUUCCUUAUCGAGGGGUUGCUCAUGUGAGGCCAUGAUGGGUCAGAAAGUCCCGGGAUCAUCAAUGGGGAGGGAAAUGCUCUUUUUGUCUUUGUUUUCCGACUGUACCUUUUUAUUCUGGGUGAAGUUUGGGGCUCACAGCAUCAAUAAUCCAGUGUACAGAUUAAAAAAAACAGAAAGCCUCCAUAUAGAGGUGAAAAUGCUCUUAAACCACCGUUUGUUUCAUCCCCUUUACCCAGAAAUGCUAUUCCUCGUACUUUAGCCUGUUUUCGUCCCGACUGUGGUUGUUCCGCUCGUUUCUGUUGAAGUCUGUGGUCUCAGGCCGACACUCCGCACCACUGGUUCCACUUUUACUGCAUGCUUGUUGCACUGAAGCUGAAAAAGACGACCGACUGUCCCACUGCAGUAUGUACUUUAGUUUGGAGGAACAGAACCGAGGGAUUCUGGGGGUUGGAGUCAAUCGGUGCGGUUUCUCCAGACCUUUUCCUGCCUUCCGUCCUCAGGACAGGCAGCCACACACUCAUGACGCUGUAAAGUCGCUGUGCACACGGUGGUGAAACGUGAGUGUUUGGGACGUUUGAUACUCUUCAAGUAUGUAACCUCUUUCUUCUCUGCCUUUGCUUUUGUUCUCUGUGUAAAAAUCUUGAUUUUGUUUCUUUUUACAAACUCAUGUUGAUUCUCUAUUUUAAGCCAAGGAACAUUUUUUUAAAGCACUGUGUCUUCCCUCCGACCAUUCCCCUCGUUCUGUACUACAAAUACAGUCUGUGGAAGAAUAAACCAGAUGUGUUCAUCCUUUU